GACCAUUUAGACACCUGGUAGUUAAGUCUUUAAUGAGCCAAUCAUGUCCCACUGAUAGCCGGGGCAUCACCCCGGAUCGUGUGGUGUUGGCGGUAUCUCCUCUUACUGGGAGCAUCCCAGAGGGGGAAUGCUGACCCCAUGGGGAUCCCAGGUUCUGGGACUUAUCACAAGAGACGAGGGGCCGGGGUUGAUGGCUCUCAGAAAGCUUAUCUAUGUAUAAGAUGACAGCCUUUUUGCUUAUUUCCCUGCCAAGCUCGUCCAGCCAAGCUCGUCCAGUCCAUCGUCUUUCUUUCUGAUCAAGAAUGAGAAUUUGAGCUCUUCGCCGUCGCCAGAAUUAAACCAUGGCGGACCAAGUCAGAGACACUCGAAACUCUUUAUCAAAGGCUCGCUUAAGCCAUGACACGAUGGAGAAGAAAGGUCAACAUAUCGAUGUCGACGACGUCGAUGGGCUGGAUCCCAGCCCAGAGACGUAUGCUGCUAUCAUGGAAACGACCAAGCCAGAUCCUCGAGGUCCCGGGUAUAUCAGGCUGUAUCUUUUAGCAGGAUCACUUUUUCUUUGUUCUACCUUCAAUGGCUUUGAUACUUCUUUGAUGGGCUCAAUCAAUGCCUUGCCAAAUUAUACGGAGUACUUUGGACUUCCAGCUAGCGGAAAUGCUUCGACAGGAAUUGUGUUCGCUAUCUUUCAAGUCGGUCAAAUGUGCGCUGCUCUUUUCAUCUGGAUGACUGACUGGUACGGUCGAACAUGGCAUAUCUUCUUCGGUUGCUUAGGUGUGUGCAUUGGUACUAUCGUCACGGCUCUCUCCACGAAUCUUCCCAUGUUCAUCGGUGGGCGCUUCCUCCUAUCCUUCUUUGCUACCUGGGCGCAAACUGCGUCGCCCCUUUACCUCGUAGAGAUAUCACCAGCCGCAUACCGAGGGACAAUCGCGGGAGCAUACAACACAUUUUAUAAUAUCGGUUCGCUUUUAGCCACAUCGUCCGUCUAUGGCUGUCAUCUCCAUCUGGCGGAUCGGGGCGAUCUUGACUGGCGCAUCCCUCUAUGGUUGCAGAUGGUUUGUCCCGGGAUCCUUUGCUGCUUAAUCAAGUUCUUUCCUGAGUCUCCACGGUUCCUCAUUGCCCAGGAUCAGCAUGAGAAAGCUGAAGAGAUAAUCGUUAAAUAUCACGCUAAUGGCGAUCCAAACCAUCCCAUUGUCGCCCUUCAGAUGAAAGAAAUGCUUGGAACGGUACAGGGCUCGCAAAAAGCUAGUUGGAAGGAUAUUUUCGACCUUAGGGUCCUCGUAGAGACACGCGCCAGCCGAUAUAGGCUUAUGUUGAAUGUGGCAUUUUCCUGGUUUGGGCAAUUUAGUGGAAAUAAUAUCAUCAGUUACUACCUUCCCCUCAUGUUAAAUGGUAUUGGUAUUACCGACACCAACACCAAAUUAAUCCUUAACAUAGUCUAUGCUGUGAUCGGGUGGGUAUUCUCGAUGGUCGGCGCUCGUCUUCACGACGUUGUAGGACGUCGCAAGAUGCUGAUAGGUAGCACCUUGGGGAUGACUAUCUGCCUGACUCUCGUAGCUGCUGGCGCUGCCGGAAAAGUCGAGUACGGAAACAGCUCAGCUGCCACAAUGUCGAUCGUAUUCAUUUUCAUUUUCGGCGCUGUCUUUGCUACAGGGUACACUCCAAUGCAGCCAAUUUAUCCAGCCGAAGUGGUGUCAAACAAGAUGCGAGCUAAGGCAAUGGGGACAUUCAAACUGACUGCUGGCGCUGCCGGGUUCUUGAACACUUUCGUAGGCCCAAUUGCGCUCAGCUCAAUUGGCUAUUGGUUCUAUGUGUUCUUCGUAUUCUGGGAUUCCUUCGAGAUGGCGUUUAUGUACUUCUUUUUCGUAGAAACGAAGGGGAUGACCUUGGAGGAGUUGGACGCGAUAUUUGAAGCGAAGAACCCGCGGAAGGCCAGCGUCGAAGUAAAGAAGGUCCAGAAGAGGAUUAUCAAGGAAGAAGGUGUCCAUGAAGGGUUGGGAGUGUAGAUACUAGUUAGCUUUUCAAGGAUUACUUGAUCAGAUAUCAGCAAAGUAGUAAGGUUGUAAUACGAUCUGGUAUGAACCGA